AUGGCGGACAAGAGCCUCCAGAUUAUCAUUCUGGCCGGUGUUUUCUUGCUGUUAACAUGGAUCGCGGUCGGUUUGAGGGUCUACUGCCGCAUGUUCCUCGUUCGUUCGGUCGGCAAGGACGACAAAGUAAUGAUGGUGUUGUUGCUUCUCUUUACGGUCUACCUGGGUCUGCAAAUAUACGGAGGCAUACUAGGAAUAGGCCUUCCCGACAGCGAACUUAGCCCACAGAGGAAACUCCAAUCCUUACGACUGUGGUGGAUUCUCGAACUCUUGAACGUGUGCUCGACAUGUCUUCUCAAAAUCUCCGUCGGCUACUUCCUGCUUCGAGUUGCGAUCGAUCGACCACACAUCUGGAUCAUUUGGGUGUUGAUGGCCGGCACUGUCAUCUUUGGAAUAACGUACCUGCUCAUGGUCACAUUCCAGUGCCGACCAGUCGCCACGUACUGGGAGGAAGGGCCACGAACACCGGACAAGUGCUGGCCCCGGCAGGUCAUCUAUAUCAUGACGAUUGCGGCAACGGUCAUCAACACGAGCGCGGACUUCAUCUUCGGGACGUUGCCAUGGUUCAUCGUCAGGUCAAUGAACUUGCCACUGGGGACGAAGAUUGUUGUUGUCGCUAUUCUUGGGUUUGCUGCGAUUGGAAGCACGGCCACGAUCGUACGAGCUUUCUAUAUCCCAACUUUGCUGGAGGAAAGGAACUUCUUGUAUGAGACCACGAACUUCGCGAUAUGGAGCACUGUAGAGCCUGGAGUAGGCACAAUCGCGGCUUCAGUCGCCACUCUCAGGCCUCUCUACCACCUCGUCGUCUCCAGAAUAAGCCGAACGAACUCAAGCGGCCAGCGAAGGGACCAAUGGCGCCAGCGUCAGCAAGCAGGACGGCACGAGACAAGUCGAGACGUUCGAGCGCACCACCUCGAUGUAGAAGACCCCCCCGAAGAUUCGGACCUCACACAUCCCCAUGGGAUCUUGGAAGUAAACCCACCGGCUUUGGAUCCCGUCAGCAAGAACACCGAAUCGACGACAAAGUCCAGGUCGACGGACUGCGAUACUACACAGCGCACUUUAACAUUGAUGAAACUGCCCUCCGCUCUUCGGUUGAGCGAAGACUUUCGACGUACCAUGGAUCGGCCUUCUGAAGAAUGGAUGGCUAGGAUUAGGGCAGAGGAAGAAGCUGGCGGAUCUGCGGAGGAUGAUAUACGACCUUCAAGUCAAGACUACUAG